CUCAUUACAGUUUGAUAUCAUUUCAAGCCGGCCUGGUCUGGGAACGUCACGAAAACAAACAAACAAACAAAAAAACCUGUUGGAGUAAAAGAUACACUUUUAAUUCUUGCCGCGAUGCCUUAAAAGGUAAAGCCUAAAGCAUGUCUGGAGACAGGGUAUUGUCCGAGCUGGGGUAUAAGCUCGGGGGAACUAUCGGGGAAGGCAGCUACUCCAAAGUCAAGCUGGCCAAGUCCAAGAAAUAUCGGGAGAACGUAGCAAUAAAAAUCGUGGACCGGAAAAAAGCUCCUCCGGACUUCGUUGCUAAAUUCUUGCCCCGGGAGCUGGCUAUUUUAAAGGAGCUCAGGCACCCGCACAUCGUGCACGUCUACGAGUUCAUCGAGGUCUGCAACGGGAAGCUAUACAUCGUCAUGGAGGUGGCCGAGACAGACCUGCUACAGAGGGUGCAAAAGUUAAACCACAUCCCCGGCCCGCAAGCUAAACAAAUGUUCCUUCAGAUCGUGAGCGCCGUGAGCUACCUCCACGCCAACGACAUAGUCCACCGGGACCUCAAGUGCGAGAACGUGCUUCUCACCGAGGGCAACCAAGUCAAGAUCACAGAUUUUGGCUUCGGGCGGAAAGCUCACGGCUACCCGGAGGUCAGCAGUACCUACUGUGGCUCCGCUGCCUACGCGCCCCCCGAAGUUCUCCUGGGGGUUCCUUACGACCCCAAAAAGUACGAUGUGUGGAGCCUCGGGGUCAUUCUGUACGUCAUGACGACCGGCUGCAUGCCCUUCGACGAUUCCAACGUUGGCAAGAUGCCCCGCUUCCAGAAGAAAGGCGCGGUCUACCCCGAAGAUGUGAAGGUGGAGGACAAAUGCAAAGCGCUUAUUGGUCUGCUGCUGCAGUUCAGCCCGUCAAUCCGGCCGUCCAUCGAGCAGGUCGCCGAGAACGAGUGGCUGACAACCACGUAGACAACGUGCAGUGUGGUGCGGUUGAUUAAAGCACGCAGGUAUCUGGCUGCAUUGCACAAGCGUUCAGCUUUUUUUAUUUGAUAAGAUUUCGAUUUGUUUUUAUUGCUAACAUGGAAUGAUGUAUGACGUUGAAUUCGGAACCCUGUCUCGUUCCAGUUUAUCAUACCAGUUUUAACAAGUCUGCAGCAACACUGUAUUUGCUGUAGCGGGCAUGCUAUUUACUGAUACACAAUACUGGGUAAUCAUUAUAGUCUUCUGAAGUAAUGAUUGGAAUAGAUGAACAACUCCUGAACUCAGAUCAAAGCACCUUAACACACACAGAUAAUUAAAAAAAAUACGAAGCAGCUCUAUAUCGAAGGAGAACCAGGACCGAACCCAAUUCUCACUAGAAAUACUCAAUGAAGAAGAAAAGUUGUUGAUAAACUGAAAACUCACUCUUUUAAUAAUUAGCUACAACGUUUCGGCUUCUUAAGAUAGCAUUGUAGAAACAGCCAGGUAUUCUGCAUACACACAUACAUACAUG